AUUUAUAGUAAGUGUUAUUUUUUUUAAAAAAAAAAUCUCUUGUAUGCUAUUUUUUGAAAAAAAUGUUGUUUUAUUAUUGCUAUAUUAGAGGGUAUAUCUUCUAUUAAAUAUGUAAACUCCAAAGAGUUAAGUAAACUCAAAAACCGGGUUACAUGAAUAGUCACGGUUUAUCGAAAUACAAGACCGAACCGAAGGAUUUUCAAUUUUGUUUAGUACUGGUUUUAACUUAUAAAACACGCCAAUGAAUCAUCUUAGACAAAUUCUGCCUCCGUCUCCGCUUUUGAAACCCUAAUGUCAGCCGAGCUUUUCUCUAGCUACUCGGCGACGAAACGAUGUCAUACUUUGAGUAAUGGAGACAGGAUCAGUGAGCUGCCGGACGCUCUGCUUCUACAGAUCUUGUCUUUAAUUCCGACAAAAGAUGCCGUAGCCACUAGUGUCUUGUCGAAACGAUGGCGGUUUCUUUGUAAGAUGACGCCGAAUCUCAGGUUUUGUUACCAUGGCACCAAAGGUCUCGUGAGAUUUUCAGAUAAUGUCUGUAGGUGUUUGCUUUCACAUCAGGCUCCUGUUCUUCAGAGUUUGCAUCUCAAAAUGAUUUUAAAAAAUGAUUCCACUAUUGAUGUCGGAGUACUGCUGGGGAUAGCGUUUGGACGCCAUGUGCGUGAGUUGGAACUCGAAGUUUACUCUUCUGAUGAGCCGUAUAGCUUUCCUACAAGCUUGUACAACUGUGGGACUGGAACACUAGAGACCUUGAAACUCGGUCACAAUGUACUUGUAGACGUCCCAUUUCCGGUUUGUCUCAAGGCCCUUAGAACUCUACGCCUUAACGCAGUGAGCUACAAUGACGCUGGAUCUGUUGUUAACCUUUUAUCUGGCUGUUCUAGUCUUGAAAAUCUGGAGGUUAUGAUGUAUUUGCAUCCUGAUGUGGAAAAUUUCACUAUUGAUGUGCCAUCCUUGCAGUGUCUAACACUUGUUGCUGCCGAUGAGGAAUAUGCGUAUUUUUCGUCCUAUGUGAUAAAUGCUCCUUCUUUGAAAUAUCUGAACCUUAAAGGGUUAAUAGAUGAGGAAUCUUCUCUUCUGAUUGAGAAUAUGCCUGAGCUGGUGGAGGCACAUAUUACUGAUGUGUGUGAUGUAAUCUAUGCGAACAUUCAUGGAUCUCUCACUUCAGUCAAACGCCUUUCUUUGGAUAUUUUAUCACCACUGGACCUAACUAAGUUUCCCACUGAUAUAAUCUUCAAGCAGCUGGUGUAUUUGGAGCUACAUAUAUAUGCACCAGAGAGGUGGAAUCUAUUGAUUCUCAUGCUCCAUAGUUCUCCUAAUUUGCAAGUCCUCAAGCUCAUUGGUGAAUGGUUUAGGAAGCGAGAUCACCCCCAUAAGAAAUGGAGUCAGCCGAAAUAUGUUCCUGAAUGUCUGGUGAACCGUAUCGAGACUUUAGUCUGGAAUCACUACAACGGGGAAGUAGAAGAUGAGAGAAAGGUUGCUCAAUACAUCCUAAGGAAUGCAAGUCGUUUGGAAACGGCAACUUUCUCCAGAUUAGACAUUCACCUGGAGAAGAGACUCGAGAGGUUAAAGGAACUGGAGAGUGUGGUAUGGGCUUCGAACUCAUGCAAGCUUGUUUUCAAAUAAACUGAUGUCACAUCGGAGUCCUACAAACGUACUACGUUACUCAAUCUAUAAGGGUUUUCAGAUGUUGAGUUAUGGUACGACGCUAUGUUUAACCGUUAUGAACUUAGGUUUUGUUAACUUUUAGUUUCAGCUUUUAGUUUUAUGAUUCGUUUUUAUUUAGCAGUAGCUUCUUGCAUUUGAAAGAAUAGCUUCAGAAAACGAUUUGAUGAAUGGGAAUUGAUAGAACAUGUAUUAUGUUUGUUAAGUAUGGUGAUAAACAGAGUGGCCUUCAAAAUUUCUGAACAAAGAUGUCUGAUUUAAAAAUUUAGUUAUUAGCGGUGUAAAUAACUUAGAUGACACACAAAAAGAAUUAUGACAAUUUAAACAUAUACAUACAUGUAAUUAAUCUAAGAUUUAUUAAAUACUUUCU